UUUCGUCCGGAGAAAAAUUGUUAGGAUGCUGAGGAGAUGUUUCAGAACAAAAAGAUACGAAUUUUUGUAAGAAACAAAGCACGGUACAACCCAGCAUCUAAGGAAUACGGAUUUCUUCACGUUGAUGUAGCUAACUAUGCAGGAACGACUAUAGGAAACAUCAAGGAGAACGUCAAAAAACAGUGCAGAAACAGUUUAAAAUUGGAUGACCUAUUUCUUAAUAAUGAGAAGUUAUCUGAUGAAAGGUCUGUAGCCCAUUAUAACUUAGAAGACGGUACCAUAUUAGAGUCAGCAUCCAACCCUUUCUGGGUCACCUGUCUAUUUAUAAAGCAGUAUGAAGUAGAACAGACCAAACUUAACAACCCUAAUGAUAAAGCUAUUCAGGGCUGGACCACCAAGUCUUUCAACAGGAAGAAAACCCUGCUUUCAGUGUUGCUCAAUUCAAAAAAUGAGUUUCAAGGUCAACCUCCACAUUUUCCAACCCUUGAUGAUUUUGUUAUCUUUUUGGAAAGGCUGAACAAGAAAGGUGCUCGGAUGAACCCCUUAUAUACGCAGAGAGACUUACAGGAUAUGCAUGAUGACUUUGUCAGUAAUUUCAUUGACCAAUCAAAUGAUCCAUUAGGGACAUUUAUCCAACAACAUGCUGUUAGGUUGGGACUUAAGCAGCCAGGGUUUCCAGUUCCUUUAAAUAACAGAGCAUUGAACACAGCAAGAAAUAAUCCAAAACCUGUUGGAAAUAUGAAUAAUCCAGGACUAGCUAGAAAUGUAAAUAAUCCUAUUGACAAUCCUGGACAGAAACCAGCAAACAACAACCGUGGUGGUAGGAGAAAAAAGGCAAGGCUAUGUGAUGACUGUGAAGAAAGAGAGGCAGAGGUAUACUGUCCAGAAUGUCAGAAUGCUACUGGUGGUCAGGGCCUGUCUUUGUGUCAGAAUUGUUCAAAUACAGUUCACAGAGGUGCUGCUAGGAGAGGCCAUCAGUUGCAAGACAUUGAUGUUGCACCCAGAGUGAACAAACCUUAUGUACCCCAUGCAUUUAAAGCUCCAUUUUCCAUACUGUUAGCAUUGUACAGUGGUAUGACUGAGACACCACGUGUGUUGAGUAUGACGGAGGAUCAGAUCAAGAACAGGGGUCAGCCAUUAACUGAUACAGAUCUUAGUGAUAAACAGAAUGGGAGAUAUGUGGGAGGAUUUGAAUGUAUAGAGAACUGUUUGAUAGCAAAACAUUUUGUUCAGAGAGAAGAUUCAGCUAAUCCCACAUAUGCUUUAACAGAAUCAGGACAUCAGUUGGCUACAAAGUUGUUUAGAUAUCAACAGUCUGUACAGAGAUUCUUAAGGUCACAUGACUUCCCAACAGUUCCACAUGAUGCUAGUACAGUUUGUGGCACAAGAAAAGUAUGUUUGAUUAUAGAUGAGCAGGAGAGAGACAAAGGCAGGUUUCUACAGCUAGCAGACCAAUGGGGAAUAGAUGCUCAAGUAAGGUCCCUGCCUGCUGGGGACUACAUUUGGAUAUUGACCCCUCCUUUACAAGGACCAGAUGUAAAAUAUGAUCAAAGAAAACCUUCAUUAGAAAAGGUACUUCCAUUUAUUGUUGAAAGAAAAGGAUGGGAAGAUUUAGAUGACAGUGUUAGAACUAAAAGAUUUCAUAAACAAGUUUUGAGAAUGUUGGGUUGUGGUUUACCAUAUUGUUUUUAUCUGAUGGAGGGAAGUAUAUCAUCACUGAGGUACAGAACAGACCAACAACAACAAAAAUUAAAGGAUGAGCUUGAGAAUAUUUUUCUGCACAAUGGAUUUUACAUUAACUACACAGCGUCCUGGUUUAAGUCAGCAACUUGGCUUAAAUGGUUUACAGUACUGUUAUCUGCUGCAGUGAAUAAAGGAUUGUUCAGAGAUCAUUUCCAGAUGUAUAAUGAGUUUGUAAGAAGAGCUAAUGUACAACCUAAAUCAACAGUUAUAACACAGACCGACUUCAGACAGACAACAAAUACAGUGUGGUCUGAUCAACAAUUUAUUGACAACAUAUUCAGAGAAAGUAGAGGUUUACAGACAACAGUGGAUAGUGUGAAAGAAGAACUCCACACAUCAACAUGUAAACAACUGUUAAUACUGCAGGGGUUAGAGGCGUAUAACAAGAAAAGACAGACUUUACAGAAUAAAUGUUUGGUAGAUACGUGUGAUGAUCUCAAAAAUACAGAAGAUUUGGUACAAGAUAGAUUUACAACUAAUGCAUACAAUAUGGUUCAUUAUGACAUAAUGUGCUACAGACAGCUACAGAUACAGGUAUUUGCACAUGUUUACAUAGUUAGGACAGAAAAUAACCAAGAUACAAAGAAAAUCAGGGACCAAAUGAACAAUAAUAAUGAUGUGAAUAUCAGUAGAAGAGCAGACGAGACUGAUCAUCAGCCUGCUGAUGUUGAUACAGAAGAAUUCAUGAUGCAACAGGCAUUAGCUAAAAGUAGACAAGAAGAGCCUGGUCUUUCUACUUGUACAGGUGGUUCUUUAAGGAAAACUCCAAAGAAAGGUGUUCCUAGUGCAACAACUUCUAGAAAAAGAUCACCGAAGACAUCAAAACAGAAUUCAAAGCAUGUAAAUACAGGAAGUAGUAUUAGAGGAGAGACAGAGAGGGAAGAUAGUGAAGAUGAAGAUUUGAAAAGAGCUCUGGAGCUUAGUAGACAGUGUGCCUAUGAUCUUGAACUUGAUCAGCCUAGAGGUUCUAGAUCCGAUAAAAAUAUGAACCCAUGUACUACAAUACAUUCAGGUAAUGAACCCAACACUAACACAAUCAUUUCAACAAAUGUAGGAAUGUCUGACAGUCAAGAUGAAGAACUGCAGAAAAUUCUUGAAAUGAGUAAAAAGGACUUAAAAGAAAAGCAGACUAUUUUAUCCAGUGACAGUCAAGAUGGAGAACUUCAAAGGGCUUUAGAAUUAAGUACACUUGAACAAUCAUCUAUCAGUCAUGGAAAUAAUGUGCCAAUAUGUAAUCAAGGUAUCAAUAGAACAUCUGUGACAAAUGAUUGUAAAAAUGAGGAACUGCAGAAUAUUUUAAAAUUGAGCAGUCUUGAACAGUCAUUUGUUAAUAAUCCUUCAGACCAAUAUGAGUUUGAUACUAGGUAUAAUGUUGAUAAAACAGUCAGGAAUGAAACUUUUGAAGGUAAAGUUAAUCAACAUGUAUUAGAUGGUGCUGAGGAAAUGAGAUUGGCUUUGACACAGAGUUUUCCAAGUAGUCAAUGCCAUAGAAUAGGCAUAAAUGUGGAGGCUUUGUCAGAGGAAGAACAACUACAAUUAGCAAUUGAACAGAGCAAAAUUGAAAUAUCUAAGCAGACAAAUUUAGGAUCUGAUUGUGUAUCGGACAACAAGAUAAAGGAAGAUGUGAUUUUAAUAGAUUCACAAGGUACAGACUAUAGUGACAGUUGUGUAGAGAUAUUGGAAACUGAUAGUCAGCUGGAAUCGUACUGUGAUGAUGGGGUGCCAAUACAUCAGUCACCAAGUCAUGAACAAUAUGAAGAUGUGUCACAGGAAAUUCAAAGUGAAGGUUGUCAAGUUGAAAGUAUUUCUUGUAAUGAAGAUGAAAAUGUUAAUCAUCAAGGUACAAUUCAGACUGAAAACAGUUCGCAGCUUACAGAAACCAAUGUCAGCAAUGAGGAACCAGGGGAGACAAUCUUACAGGAAUGUAAAAAGGAUAAUCUGUAUGGCUGUGAAUUGAAAGGACUUGACAAUGUUCAGGUUAAUGACUUGCAGCAUGGUAAUGUUCUUGUUGAAGAUUCUCAGGAAGACUCUGAUAAUGAGGACUUGUUUCCUUAUACAGAUGUACCUGAAUCUAUAGGAUUAAAUGACAUCUGUACGGAAGAUGAUGAUAUUGAUGUUAUACCGCCUUCUCCCGAUAAUGAAUGUCCGAUGACAUCAAAAAGACUUUCAACAGGAAUAACACCAAAACAAAGUUUGAAAAUGAUAGGCAAAAAUAUGAAUUAUGGAAACAGUAAGCAAAAAGAUAUUCGUCAUGAUAGUGACCUUGACACUAGUCAUGCUAGUGACCUUCAAACUGCUACAUUUGAAGAACGUAUACAACCAAGUCAGUCUGUGAGCUUGCUUUUAGGCUUUGUUGAUGCCAUGGAAACAGAACACUCAAAUGAGGGUGAGGGUUGUGAAUCACAAUAUAGAAUUCAGAGUGGUUGUAAAUCAGAAAAUGAACCUCCGGAUGGGGAUUAUUUCAGUGAAAAUGUGAAUGCCUGCGAGCUCAAGGUUAAAAAUGAUGAUGAAAUUGUUAAUGUUAAAAAAGAGCCAAAUAAUAAUUCUGGCGAAGCAUGUGAAACAAAAGUGAAAGUAGAAAAAGAACUUUGUAAUCAUAAUGUAGAUUUUGUACAUGGUGAUAAAAAUAAACUACUAAAAAGUUCUCUCAGUGGGAGAAUAAAGUCUGAGAAAAUAUUUAAUGAUCAUCCAAGUGUGGACAGUGGUGAAAUUAAAUCUGCAGCCAUUGUUUCACACAUUGAUGAUGAAGAGUUUGCAAGGAAGAUACAAGAACAAAUUAACAGAGAACUAGAGCAAGAAGAGGUUUUGAAACAUGAAUUAAGAAGGUGUCAGACUUCAUUGGGUCAGAAAAUAGAAAAGAGGGUUAAUAAGUGGGACAAUCAAAAUCCAGACUCAGUUUUUGUGCCAAAACAGAUUGAGAAUGAAAUAUUAAAUGUUGAAACACAGUCUGACAAUGCUCAGUCAUUUGAACAAAUAGAUGAAGAAAUGGCAAGGCAACUCCAGGAAAGACUAAACAAGGGAGAUUACUCUGCAGAUCUGGAUGAAAUAACAGAGAAAAGAAACUUAAGAAAAAGAAAACACAACGUGAUUAGCACUUCUAAUAAUGAAACACAUGAGCCAUUAGAAACAUUAAUCUCACUUCAAGAGGUCAUUAGUCAGCAUGACGUGGAAGAAAAUAUCAGGAUAAAGUUGAGGAGGGAGCAGGAAGAUCUUGAACUUGCUCAAAAUAUGCAGGAGCAAGAUCAGGAUCAGAUUGGAACUUUUACUGAUAAAGAAAUUCAAGAAAAGAGAGAUCUUGAACUUGCUCAGAAAAUACACAAGAAUGGCAGGGAUAAGUUUUGUUCAGAUUUAGUAAACAGUGAUGAUAAUGAUGAAUGGAGAAUUCAACAGGAGAAAGCUGAUGAGGAACUGGCUCGUAAACUAGCAGACAAUGAUAAGAAAGAAAUAGCUACUAACUCAGUGAGCAGCCAACCACAAUUUUCCCAGCAUGAGCAAGAAAAUUAUCCAUUGCUUAAUACACAGGCUGCUGUGGAACAGAUUUGGGAUAGAAGGUUAAAGGCCAUACAAAGGUCAAAGACAGAUCUUCAGACACAGUUACAGGAAGUUAGGCAAAGUCAAAAUGUCAGGUACAGAGGUCAUACAGGGUCAAGCUAUACCAUGCCAACAGAACAGUCCAUCCCAGAAACGUCAUAUGUCAAAACGCCUGUCAGAGCAGCUGCAGAAACAGUAGAAAGAUUUGAAGGCUCAUAUAAUACACCAUCACAAAAAACGCUCUUGGCACAAUCAUCAAGCAAUGCAUCCUUCUCUGAAGCAACUAAGUCUUUAGGAAUAACUUCAGUCACAGGAACAUUUCACAAUUCAACGAAAAAAGCUCUCAAAACUGGUAGUUCAUCUUUGCAGAAGUCUGUUUUCUCCGUUGAUGAUGAUUCUCUGCCAAGCUUGAGUGAUAAUAAUGCCAUUACUAUAUCACCACCACACAGUCCUGUAGAGAAGAAGAAGCCUUUUUCCUUCCCAUCAUCCUCUUCUGCAGCAGGAAAUCCACACAGCAGUCAGCCUAUAGCAGGAACAUCAUAUAUCAACCAAAAUACAUCAUCACCAUUUAAACAUUCAGCUUUCGAUUCUAGUCCGAGUAUUUCGUCAUCAACUUCUUCUAGUCAGAUCAGUGGCAAUAUGGCAAAUGUUACAUGCGGAAACUGUCAUCAAAAGGGUCACAACAGGAAGUGGCCACAAUGUCCAAACUAUCACUCGUAUGAAGAGACUCAACGCAGACAGAAACAAGAAGACGAUAAAAAGAAGAGAAUUGAAGAUGAGCAGCAUAGAGAACAACAAACCAGGGAUGAAUUGGAGAGACAUAAGACGACCUUGACAUUAAUAGCAGCUCAAAUUGAACAAGAGAAAGAUGGAUUAGAUCGAACAAUUAAGAAAAUGACCAAGAAAGGAAAGAAAAGAAAGUAAUAGUAUUGUUUGGUCAGUCACUGUGCCAAAAUGUUUUAUAGUUUUAGUAUUAAAAACUUUGUUAUGUAUGAAAUGAACAUAAAUAUUAAAAUACAGUGGAAAAGACCGCA